AACAAAACAAGUAUCAUUAUGAUUUGCUGAUGGAUCAAGGUAAUUACAAAAUUAUCCAUACUUUCCUCUCGUUUUGUGAUCAUACGCAUGCGCAUUCACCACCCGAUCUGUGCGUCCCAGUCACGUGACAACACCUCACAACGCCUGCGCAAAUCCAUAGAAGAUGGCGGAGAGUGCGGAACUGAAGCAAAUGGUAAUGAGCCUGCGGGUGUCAGAGCUGCAGGUGCUCCUGGGAUACGCUGGCCGCAACAAGCAUGGACGCAAGCACGAGCUGCUGACCAAGGCAUUGCAUCUGCUGAAAUCUGGCUGCAGCCCUGCCGUGCACAUGAAGAUCAAAGAGCUCUACCGAAGGCGCUUCCCGGCCAAAAUGGUCUCCCAUUCAGAGCUAGCUCUUCCGGGGCCACAUCACCCGGCCUCUGCUGGAGUGGUUGGGGGAGGUGGUGCUGCACUGCCUGCUUGCAUGACACAGUUCGCGUACGAGGGUCACGCCGGGCACGGUGGAGCCCCGUCACCAGCCGCUCUGCUGCCCCUCUCACUGCUCGGGCCUGGGAAACACGAGUUGACUGGACUGGCACACCACCUGCCCGCCUCCGCCUCGCUGCAUCCUGUCCACCCAGAUGUGAAGCUCCAGAGGCUUCCCUUCUACGACAUGCUGGAUGAACUCAUCAAGCCAACCAGUCUAGCGUCAGACAACAGUCAGCGGUUUCAAGAGACGUGUUUUGCCUUUGCGUUAACGCCACAACAAGUUCAGCAAAUUAGCAGUUCCAUGGACAUCUCGGGGACCAAAUGCGAUUUCUCAGUCCAAGUUCAGUUGAGGUUUUGUCUGUCAGAGACCAGCUGUCCUCAGGAGGACCAUUUCCCCCCCAAUCUGUGUGUGAAAGUCAACGGGAAACCGUGCACACUGCCUGGCUAUCUUCCUCCAACCAAAAACGGCGUCGAGCCCAAGCGGCCUAGCCGGCCCAUCAACAUUACCUCGCUAGUCAGAUUGUCCACCACAGUCCCCAAUACCAUUGUGGUGUCCUGGACGUCUGAGAUCGGAAGGAAUUACUCCAUGGCCGUUUAUCUGGUGAAGCAGCAGUCGUCCACAGUCCUGCUGCAGAGACUACGAGCAAAAGGCAUCCGAAACCCAGACCACUCCAGAGCUCUCAUCAAAGAGAAGCUGACUGCAGACCCUGACAGCGAAAUCGCCACCACCAGCCUGCGAGUCUCGCUGCUCUGCCCGCUGGGGAAGAUGAGGCUGAUGAUCCCGUGCAGAGCGCUGACUUGCUCCCACCUGCAGUGCUUUGACGCCACACUCUACAUCCAGAUGAAUGAGAAGAAGCCCACCUGGGUGUGUCCAGUCUGUGACAAGAAGGCGCCCUAUGAGCACCUCAUCAUCGAUGGGCUGUUUGUGGAAAUCCUCAACAGCUGCAUGGACUGUGAUGAGAUCCAGUUUAAGGAAGAUGGCAGCUGGGCCCCCAUGAGGUCAAAGAAGGAAGUGCAGGAGGUGUCCUCUGCUUCUUGUAACAACGGACUGGAUGGCUCCUGCCGGACGUCUGAAGGCUCCGAUCAGCUGAGCUCCUCCUCUUCCAGCCACAGCAGCAACAGCAACGCCAAGAAAGUGGAAGUGAUCGACUUGACACUGGACAGCUCUUCAGACGAGGAAGAAGCGGACACUCCACCUCCUCCACCUCCUCCACCUCCUCCAUCACUUCCAUCGCUUCCUCCUCCUGUCAAGAGAACAUGUUCCUCUUUGUCCCCGCCCUCACCGCCUGUCAUCAACAAAGGUGUGCUGAACCUGCACCACCAGGCUUCCCCCGUGAGCCGCGCCCCCAGCAUUCCAGCCAUGGACACCAGCUACAUCCCACCUGUCCCCCCCCUCAUCCAGGACUACAGACCCUACUAUCACACCCCCAACGACCUGUCAGAUCUGAACUUCUUUUCUUUUCUUCAAGUAGACAAUCAUCAGCAUUACAACAUGGUUAUGGCAACAGCAGCCGCGGCCUCGGCCUCAGAUGACCACGAGCUGCUCUUCAACCGCUUCCUGCCCUACAACUCCUCCUCCUCCGCCACCCAGCUGUACCUCAACCAAUCAGGAGCGUCCCCCGCCGCCUCGCUAACGGCACCCAGCAACGGGGCGAGCAGCUCUGGCAGCAGCAGUAGCCUGGUCUCGUCCAGCAGCCUCCGGGACACUCACUCCACGCACUCGUCCUCCCUCACGGGCUCACACUCCUCACACACACACCCCGGGGUGGUGGCCAGCCGGAGCGGCACUGACGCAGUGGCAGCUAUUUACAGUGGGAUACCUGACGUUAUAUCGCUGGACUGACCCCAGAGGGGUAAAAGCAAGAGUCUGGGCCCCAGCUUCAAUGCAGUAACCAACCCAUUCACAAGCUGACUGCAGAAACUAGACUGACCCCCAACAGAGCAGACCGAUGGGUGGGCUCAUGCCAGGACUCAGCUGCUUAAAGGGAGGGCACAAGUUCUGAAACAGGAUGUUGUCACUUUAAGAGGUCAGCUGUGGACGGAGUGUUGAUGCAGCUGCUGCAGGUCAGAAACGCAUGAACUCCUGAUUUCUGUUGUUCUGCAGCCAGCCCGGCACAAACGGCAAAGAUGCUACCUGAGAAAACGAAACACCACGUUGGAAGUUUUUUAAACAAAAAGGAAUGGGAAAGGUGUGGCACCAUGUACAAAGAACAAAAUCUAUUUUCCUCUUUUACUUUUGUAUGUUCAACCCGAACACGGUCGGUGUAGUGAGCUGCUUGGAUCUCCGUUUGGAAGUGGAGGAAUGAAGAGUCUCUUCCUCGGCUGGAGCUUAUAGAAACGCCUGUUGCCAUGUUUUUGUCCUUUUCUCCGACGUGAACUUCCAUUCUCUUUUCCAAACUCUUUUUUUUUUUUCCUUCAGACAAUAACUUUACAGUUUUAUGGUGUGAUUUUGUGUUCCUUUUAAAUUAUGUAUGAUAUUUAAACAGUUAUAUAUGCAUUCCCUUUGACCUUCAGGUUAACGCUGCGGGAGUGUGCGGGUGCAAGCUAGCCUUUUCUAGUGUGUCAUUGGAACUCCUCUGCCAGCAGAAAGCAUUUAGAGACUAUUUAUACUUGCCAGUUUAGAUCUUUGAGCUGGGAGGGUUGUUUUUUGUUGUUGUUUCUUUUGCACAAUGCCAAAAACAAAACAAAAAAACAGUAGGUACUUAGGAAAAGGAUCCCAGUGGUGGGAGUGCAGUCGCAUCAACGUGCCAGUGUUUGUAGUGGGUCUCGGUGUGUUCCUGGUGGGACGCUCUGUCCCCUUCUGUCUCGGCUCCUUAGCUGACUGUUAAAGCAGGAAUUCCAGUGAAGCUGUUGUAGCAGCGUCAGACCUUUUAAAAGCACGGGCGGCGCGACGGCAUGUGACCAAGUUCAUACUAGUGCCUGUCCAUGUGCGUGUCUGUUUGGGAAAUGUCAUUUUAUCGUCUUAAAUGCUUGGCCCCCCGACCUCUACAGCCCAGGUUUUUCCCCCCACACACACACUGUAGGAGAAGCACGCCGCUCAGUGGCUGCCAGCAUGCAGGCCUGUUUUUCCAAAAGGCACGUCCCGCCUCAAAGCGAGGAGCGCCUCCGACUCCCAGGUUUCAUGAAUGUAUCGUGCUUGGGUUUAUAGUCAAAGGGAACUGUGUUGCAUCUUCCAUGUGUCCUUGAACGGCCCACCCGCUGCUAUCAUCUGGCCCCUCCAUGUGCCAGUCCCUUCCAGAAACCUGCAGCACACUCCACUGCCCAAUUAUCACAUCCGCGAUGGCUUAAUCACUUCUGACAGCAGCUCCCCCCCCGUCCCGUUCACCCCCCACCUCCCAAACACUCUUUCUUCCGUUAGUAAGUUUAUUAUUCCCUCUUGGGAGCCAGCUCCAUCUCACUCCAUCCUCCGCCACAAAGAAGUAAGGUAUUUCCAGUUCUGUACAGUAUUGUAUUUAUUUUUGUGUGUCUGUAUGACUUUGUUGAGUCGCUGUCAUUUGGGAGCUUUGGACUUUCAUGUUAUUUGAAUGAUUUCUUCAGGACUUUCGAGGAAGCUGUUGCCUUCGGAUCCAAAAAAACCCCCCAGAACUUCAGAGCUUCCCUGUAGGCCUCAAAGAAAUUACUCCUCAACGUUGACGUUCCUUCGUAGGUUUGACGAUGUCUUAGGAGCUUCGGAACACAGAGAGCGAUGCAGAUCUGUGCUGUUAGCAGAUGUUGCUGACAUCAUCUUUAGGCAACCUGCUGGGGGUAUCGGCUCUGCUCUCGCUCUCUGCCGAUGAACGUCAGCUUUCAUCCUGAGUUUCAGCACAAAAACAGUCCUGAUCAAAAUCUUUAAACCAGUUAAGAGAAUGCAAGAAUUUGCAUUCUUACCAGCUGGACCUUGACAAGAUUCUAAAUAGAGCUUCAAAACUAAAAAAAACAAAAAAGAAUAAAAAAGGAGCAAGAAGACAAAUAUGUUUUAGAUAAGAUAAGCCUUUAUUGUCACUGUCCACAUUGAUCAGCUGCCAUUUAAAUGAACUGGGCUGUUCAUCAGCUGAUCAAAAGUUUGAGCCCACAAACUUUAAGAACCAGAAGUUUUACCAAAAUUAACAUUUGACAUAGGAUUUUCUAAUAAGUAAUCAUCCUGUUUAGGUCUCUUGAUGGCAAAGGCAGAAAAGCUUCAUUUCUGUGAAUCUUGCAGGAUCGUUGAGCUGCAUAAACACGGCCUCUCACCACCAACCUUCGCUGCUGAGGUUGGACGCAGUGAAACAAUAGUUUUGAGUUUUUCAAAAGAUUCUGAGGGUUACUGAACAAAAAAGUCAAGUGGCAGACCCCAAAAAUAAAUGACUGGCACUGAUGUGAGGAUCCAAUGGGCUGUUCACCAAGACACGUGACGGUCCUCGACCCAAAUUAAAGCCAUCACUGGUGCCGACUGUUGCCAGGUAACGAUCAGACCGCUCCUGCAGGAGGAGGGCUUCAAACACAAGCAGCGUCUUCAAAGCCACAAAACUACCUGGUUGGACUUUGCAAGGGAAACACCAAGUUCUCUUCUCUGAUGAGAUCAAAUGUAACCUUUACGGUCCUGAUGGCUUCCACCAUUACUGUCAUGACCAAGAGAUCCCACCUGAAAUGUUUUCUAGUGGAGGAGGAACCAUCAUGGUAUGGGGUGCGUUUGCUUCACUGGAACAAUGUUGUGUAAGGGGGUCAAACCACAGCUGGCUAUGUGGAGAUGUUGCAGGGGGGGGCAUGCCUCGUGCCUGAGGCCUCUCGUCUGUGUGGUGAUGACUGCGUCACUCUAUUGGACAGUUCUAAAUAUUCUCCUGAUUUAGAUCCAAUUGAGAACAUUUGGCGACGUUUACAAAAUUGGAAAUCAGUUCCAGUGGAAGCCUUCAUGAAGCCCUCUUCCCCAUCUUUGAGGACCUAACAGAGUUUUUUUCUCUAAACAUUUGAUCAGCUGAUAAACAGCCCAUUUCAGUUAACUUGUUGUUUCAAUUCUAUUGUCUGCUUAGUGUUUGGCCUCUUGCUCCCAUCGCUUACUUACGCGUUUUGAAGCUCUACUUAGAACCUGGUUCAAAUCCAGCCAUGCAAAAUGCAAAUUCAUGCAAUUCCUUAAUUGGUCUUGAGAUUUUGAUCAGGACUGUAAUACUAAUAGCAGCAGAACCGAUCGCUUUGGACGCCACUAUAAAUAAAAAUGUAAAAAGUGAUUAUACAGGUUUAAAUAUUUAGCUUUUAACAGAUUUGAUUGAAAGAAAAAUGUAAAAUGUUUGAUUUUAAACUUGGCCCGCCCCACAAAACUUCAAUUGACCUGAUUUUAUAGGAACGGUUUCCUUUUUCCAGCUGCAGAUCUCUUCAUUUUCCUCCAGACACGUUCAGAGAUGUUCCUGUCAGGUCCGCUUGGACUCAAAGUGUGAAGCUGUGGUUGAGGAAGCAUGAAAAGUCCUCGCCGUUCAGACCCUAGCCCCACCCAGAGCCUUUGGGGGGUGAAGGAGAAGACCGUGGUCCGCUGUCCUAGCCUCCCUUCGUCUCUGCAAAGAGCACAGGAUGAGUGUAAACUGAACGCCACGCUGCUCACAGAUAAGUGUCAGGACAUCACACAAGCUAAUGAGAACUGUGGCACAGCAAGCUUCCCCGACAGGGAGCAGUACGGUGGCCCUAAAGGCAAAUCCCUCCAUGCAAAAGCACAUUAAAUAUUGCAACAAAUAAAACUGCAAAGAAAAUAAAGAAAAACAACAUUACAAUUUAGAAAUCAAAGCAGAAUUCCAGAAACCAAAACACAAUUCUAAAAAAAAAAGGAAAAUUUUAAAAUUUAACAUUUUGGAAAAAGCAAAAGUAAUUUUGGAAAAUCAAAAUGAAAUACUAAAAAAAGCCAGAAAAGGUGGAACAAUGAGACAUCACUGCUUGGAUGAUAACGUCUGAUUUUUGAGGUUUGAGUUUGUCAAAUGCCCUCAUACUAAUAAAGUUUUAUGAUUAGCAUAUCCAGUAUGGCUGCAGACCAAAAAGGUUUUGGUUGAGAAGUCAUCAUUCAAUCAGUGACUGUGUUUCAUUUCUUUUUAACAAUUUCUUUAUUUUUUUUCUGGAAAAUACUUUAGUUUUCUGAAAUGUUUUCUUUUUUAUUUCAUCUUAUUUUUUUGUGUGUUUUGGAUUCUAAAAUGUAAUGUUUAUUUUUUCUUUAAUUGAGGACGUGAUGUUUGAUAUGCUUUUGCUUCGAGUGAUUUCUUGAUGUGAUUUGCACUUCAGGGCCACCGUAGAUCAGCAAUAAAAGGUGAAAUGAAUAAGGUUUUAGCAUGUACGGCUUUUAGCUUUUUAAUGCUUAUUUAAUCAGAGAUCAGCAUCCAAACUUCACAUCCAACAGAAUCCACUCAUGGGCAGCUGUGUGUCGUUCCUGUCUGCUUCACUGUCGACUUCCUUCGAUCCUUGAUGCUGCGGUGUCUGGAACUGCUUUGCAUUGUGAUUUUCAUUUAUUCCUUCCUCCUCCUCCUCCUCACAUGUCAUGCAGCUGAAGAGAAGGAAGCACGUGCCGUGCGAGGUCAGACAGUGUUGAAUGUGUUGCUGUUGAGGCGCUCGACAAACAAGAAUGGGAAAACCAAAAAAAAAGUCAAAUUCUCCUCCAUUCCUGUGUCUUCUCUCCCUCCUGGUUCAUUAGUUUUAUUUGGAAAGACGACACAUGAGCUUUAUUGGGAACCUGAAAAGGUCUGGCUGAAACAAAAGGGAAAUUUGUGUGUUUUCUGUCCUGUAAACCUGAAAACAGAGACUUUCCAUUCAAACGUGGAUGUUUGGUGUCUUUUUGUAUGCUGUCGUGUGUCCGUUCAGAGUGAGAGAAUCAAAUAAUUUAUAUAUUUUUUUUAGAAAAUGAAAGUUGUAUUAUUAAAAAAAAAAAAAGACUGUGGCCACUUAGUCUCUCUAACAGCUGAAAGGAUCACUGCCUUAUUCACAGGAUUCGUUUCAAAGCUCCAAACUGAGAAAAUCAUUGACAAAUAAAGGCUUUUCGAGGAGGACAGGAGCAGACGAUGUACAGUAGACUCAUGUCAGUUUGUAUAAAGAACCAGGUGGAAAAAAUAUUUAUUACCUGCAUUGAAAGAAAUUGUUUACUUAUUGAAUGUUCCCUGUUUAUGUAGAAAAGUAGAUGUAAUAAAAUGCAUUCUGCUACAUAAA